GUAAGAGGAGGGAACAUAUCUUUCACAAGGAUUUAGCUGAGACGCAUUAUUUUUUUUUGCGACAGAUGGCGGAUUCGGUUAUAGUCCGAACUACAUAAACGCCGUCGGAUAUUUCUUGCGCCUCAUUGCUCUUCAAGCUGGUUAACCGUUAAGCCUCUCUUUUCAUUUUUUUUAUUGGUGUUUGUUUGUGACAAUUUUGAAAGAACCUUUCCGUUAUUCAGAAGAAAAUUUCCCACCCCAUCCGCAAAAUGUGAAAAAGGGAUGUCAUCUUCUUCGGAAGACCAGCAGUCAUCCCGCAGAGUUCACGAACCGGACGAGGACGCCAAGCGGACACUGGCAAAUGCGGCUCGGAAUGACGCCACGUACGUUCGCCUGUCGUCACGUCACGUUCGACGCAUCGACGCUGUCACAUUCGCCGAAUGUGCGGAACUCCGAGCCCUUCUACUUCAUGACAACCGACUGUCGAUGCUCGACGGGAUCGAGACGCUGACGCAACUCGAAACCCUGAGUUUGGCCAAGAACCGAUUCACUAAAUUCCCGCAUCAGGUCCUGGACCUGGAGACCUUGACUUAUUUGAAUUUGAGCAACAACGACUUGCGGUUGUUGCCGGCGAGCAUUCGACAGUUGCGGAACCUGGAGGUGCUGUGGGUCAAUCGGACCGGCUUGACCUCGUUUCCCGAGGAGAUUUGCGAACUCGUCAACUUGGAGACCCUGGGGGCCAGGCACAACGAGCUCAAGUCCCUGCCUUAUGAGUUUUCCGCUUUGCGAAGACUUAGAUGGUUGACGCUGGUUGGCAACUCUUUGUCCUGGCUUCCAGACACGUUCCGAGAACUCCAGCAUUUGAAGCACUUGAACUUGAGUAGCAAUAAUUUCACCCGAAUCCCGCCACCUAUCGGAAAUCUCAGAGGACUGAAAUACUGCUUUUUGUCCAAGAAUGCAAUUCGAUUGAUUGACUUCGUGGCUGUUCUGCGUCUGGCUGCGGUCGACAAUAUUCGACGACUCGACCUCAGUGGGAAUCCCGUGUUCAAGCCGGAAUCAUUUCUUCUGAACCGGUUUCCUUUCCUGCGUCUUGAAACUGCUUGGUUUGACUCGCUUCUGUUUGACGGAAACAGUGUGUGGAUGGAUUCACUGCAAACUUCCAGCCUGGAUGAAUCCUAUUCCACUUCCCACGUGGUGGCUGAUCUGGAACCUUUCCCUGCUGUCCCAAACGAUAUCACCAAGAAGUCCGUCGAAUUUUUGCUUUGAUUCAUUGGUGUAAACUACUGUUAUGAAUAACAAUUGGGAGUUUCUUUCAAAGUUUGUAUGUUGUGUGUCCAUGUAUAUUUGCAACUCAAAAACGAAAAUGUAAGAAACCAUUUUUUUGCUAUGAUGCUGCAUGUAAUGUAUGUACAUUGAGAAGCCAACAAAUGUUUGACUUCAAAAAAAAAUUAGCCAUUUUACAUAGAAAGCAUGCAAGAAAGAACAUACAAAUAAUGGCAAGAAAAAUCUAUGUGUUAUGAAGAUCAAAUAAUUUUCUCAUUUAGUAGGUUAAAUUUCAUCAAAGGUCUAUUUUAAUUGGAAAUUUUUUUAAAUACAAUAUUUUGAAAACUUUUUGAGAGAUUCUUCCAGCUGCAGGGUACAUCUUUUAUAGAUUCACCCUGCAGCUGGAUUAUUAUUUUGUCAAAAAUGCCACUCUUAUGGAUUAUCUUGUGAUGUAUCCAAAGCACAGCACUGUACCUGUUAUUAUGAAUACUGCAUUCUCAUUGAAAACACUGUAUUUACUCAAGUAGCAGUGUACCACAUAUACCACUUCUUUCUGAAAAUAAUCUAGGCCAAAAAUGCUGGGAGAAGUUUCUCCAUCUUCAGAAAAGUAUUUUUAACUUUUAGAUUUUGGUGCAAGUAUUAGGCACAUCGAAGGAUCAAUUUACGAUGAAAUUAAAAAAGUGGAGAAUAGGAUAAAUAUUUUCAAGCUCAACAAGAAAAUAUAAUUGCCUCAUUAUAUGUUUUGGUUUGUUUCAUACUUCGCUUUCAAUCAGCUAUACAAUAUUUACUGUAUGGCAUUAAAUAAUGGCCGCAGCCACAUUUAACUAAGAAAAUUCUCUAUUUGCAAUGUACAGCUCGGAAAUAUUAUUUAUAAUUUAGAACAAUAUCGA